GAUUACUCUUAUUGGCCUCAUUGAUUUGUAUGUCUCGUGAAUACAUGUAACUUUUUUAAACAGUUCGCUUGGAGUUAGUUUGUACAGCUUGGAAGCUAAAGCAAUACGCUCAGUUGUUCCGUUACUUAUAUCAAUUGGAGUCUGCUAAACUAGAUCUUGAAGGGAAACAUGCAACUCUGCAAGGGUCGUUUUCUCGGAAUUUCAGUCGCUGUCGCUCACGGAUUUUUUUCGGGGUCUCUCAAUAUUUUAUUAAAAUUUCUGAUUACUACUUAUCAUUUUGACUACCUCACCUUGAUCCAGUGUCUAACAUGCACCUCUGCGGCACUAAUGCUGGAGAUUCUGAGAAGGCUAGGAAAAGUAGAUGUGCCUCCCUAUAGCUUGCAUAUGGCCAAAGUUUUUGCAAGUGUAACAAUUUUAUCUACAUUACAGUCCUGUUUUACCCUGUGGGCGUUAAGGGGGCUCAGUCUCCCCAUGUACGUGGUUUUUAAACGCUGUCUACCUCUGGUUACGUUGAUAAUUGGUGUCUGCGUUCUGAAAAAUGGGAUCCCGUCUAUUGGAGUUCUAACUGCAGUAUUCAUCACUACUUGCGGAGCAGCAUUGGCAGGAGUUGGUGAUCUGACAGGAGACACAUUUGGUUAUGUGACAGGAGUGCUUACAGUCAUUGUCCAUGCUGCGUACCUUGUGAUUAUUCAAAAGACAAGUACUGAGACUGAAUAUGGGCCACUGACAGCCCAGUACGCCAUUGCCGUUACAUCCUCUCCUUUGCUCUUGAUCUGUUCAUUUGUUAGCAUGGAUACCAUUAAUGCCUGGUCAUUUCCGGGAUGGACCAACCCUUUUGUGACGUGCACAUUUGUUGCCAGUAUUAUUUUUGGCUGUGCCAUGAACUUCACCACCCUCCAAUGUACCUACAUCAACUCAGCAGUCACCACCAGCUUUGUUGGCGUGUUGAAGAGCAUUGUUACUAUUACAGUCGGAAUGGUUGCCUUCAGUGAUGUGGAGCCUACAGCUCUCUUCAUUGCAGGUGUGGUGGUCAACACUGUGGGCUCAAUCACCUAUUGUAUUGUGAAGUACUUUGAGACGAAACAGCAAAGUAAGUAUGAAGAUCUGGAAGAAGCAGCGAAAGAUAAAGAGUUGCCCGGCAAGCCUUAUAAACCAGAUGAGCCAAAAGAAAAUGGGCCUGGAGAGAUUGUGCCAAAUGGAACUCUAGUAGGACCAACUGAUGGUUUUCUGGAACCCAGAGAAGUGAAUGGCCUGGUGGAGUCCAUGGAAAUGCAAACACAAGCAAAUCCAACUGAGGGAGAACCAAAGGGUCAGUCACUGGGUGACACUUAUGCCGGAGUAUGGAGGUCAAUUAGAAAUUUCAAGUUUAUGAAAAAAGACACUUUAAUUGAAAACGAGGAGUUACAAAGUCCUUGAUAUUAAAUGUAGCAUAGUUAAUGUAAGCAUGUUAUUGUUACGAAUGAUUGAGCUGGUAUGUGUUUUUAAAAAUCCUUGAAUGUCAAAAAGCCAGCUUUUUCUAUUUUUUUUUUUUAAAUCAGGGCUCUUCACUGACAUGACCUUUUGGGUCUUGAUUACAAUAGCACUCCACCAGUCAUGACAUUUCUACGAUUAUUACUGGUAUUACGGCCAGGGUGUCCUUGGCUCACCGCGCAAGAGUGACUCCUGUAGUCUGGCCGGGUGUCUGCGGG